GGCGGGAGGGGGAGCUGGAGAGUUCUUCGGUGGCAGAUUCCUGGGGCUCUCCACUGCCAGCCUUAGGGCCUUCUCUGGUUCCAUCACCACACGGGCCAGCUCAGUCUCCCCAGCCCCCAUUCCAUUCCACGUAGACCCGCCAGGAGGAGGGGGCGUCCUAGCUCCAGGCACCAUGUCCUCCGUGGGCUCCCACAGCCACACCCUGCGCCGGCUUCCUCUACCACAGUUGCUGCUGCUGCUGCUUCAGGCCUUGGACUGGGGGCUGGGCCGAGCCAGUCCCGCCGCGGGCCCCCUGGAAGAUGUGGUCAUCGAGAGGUACCACAUCCCCAGGGCCUGUCCCCGAGAAGUGCAGAUGGGAGAUUUUGUGCGUUACCACUACAAUGGCACCUUUGAGGACGGGAAGAAGUUUGACUCGAGCCAUAACCGAAGCAGCUUGGUGGCCAUCGUGGUAGGUGUGGGUCGCCUCAUCACCGGCAUGGACCGAGGUCUCAUGGGCAUGUGUGUCAACGAACGCCGCCGCCUCAUUGUCCCCCCGCACCUGGGCUACGGCAGCAUCGGCGUGGCGGGGCUCAUCCCCCCCGACGCCACCCUGUACUUCGACGUGGUCCUGGUGGACGUGUGGAACAAGGCAGACACGGUGCAGGUGAGCAUCCUGCUGCGCCCACCGCACUGUCCCCGCAUGGUGCAGGACGGUGACUUCGUCCGCUAUCACUACAAUGGCACCUUGCUGGAUGGCAGCGCCUUUGACAGCAGCUACAGUAGAGACGGCACUUACGACACCUACGUGGGCUCGGGUUGGCUAAUCAAGGGCAUGGACCAGGGGCUGCUGGGCAUGUGUCCUGGAGAGAGAAGGAAGAUCGUUAUCCCUCCCUUCCUGGCCUAUGGCGAGAAAGGAUAUGGGACUGUGAUCCCCCCUCACGCCUCCCUGGUCUUCCAUGUCCUCCUGAUCGACAUCCACAACCCAAAGGACACUGUUCAGCUAGAGACGCUGGAGCUCCCCCCCGGCUGUGUCCGGAAAGCCGCAGCUGGGGACUUCAUGCGCUACCACUACAACGGCUCCUUGAUGGAUGGCACCGUCUUUGACUCCAGCUACUCUCGCAACCACACCUACAAUACCUAUAUCGGGCAGGGCUACAUAAUCCCUGGCAUGGACCAGGGGCUGCAGGGCGCGUGCAUAGGGGAACGCCGGAGGAUCACCAUCCCCCCGCACCUUGCCUAUGGGGAGAACGGGACUGGAGACAAGAUCCCCGGCUCGGCUGUGCUCAUCUUUGACGUGCAUGUGAUCGACUUCCACAACCCCGCGGAUCCAGUGGAAAUCCAGACCCUGUCCCGGCCUGUGGAGGCCUGCAACGAGACCUCCAAGCUUGGGGACUUCAUUCGCUACCACUACAACUGCUCCCUGCUGGAUGGCACCAAGCUCUUCUCCUCCCAUGACUAUGGGGUCCCGCAAGAGGCCACUCUGGGGGCCAACAAAGUGAUUGAAGGUCUGGACAGGGGCCUGCAGGGCAUGUGUGUGGGAGAGAGGAGACAGCUGGUCGUGCCACCACACCUGGCUCAUGGGGAGAGUGGAGCCCGGGGUGUGCCUGGCAGUGCCGUGCUGCUGUUUGAGGUGGAACUGGUGUCCCGGGAAGACGGGCUGCCCACAGGCUACCUGUUUGUGUGGCACCAAGACCCUCCAGCCAACCUGUUCGAAUACAUGGACCUCAAUAAGGAUGGAGAGGUCCCCUCGGAGGAGUUCUCCUCCUUCAUCAAGGCUCAAGUGCAGGAGGGUAAGGGACGCCUCUUGCCUGGGCAAGACCCUGAGAAAACCAUAGGGGACAUGUUCCAGAACCAGGACCGCAACCAUGAUGGCAAGAUCACAGCUGAGGAGCUCAAGCUGAAAUCAGAUGAAGACCAGGAACGGGUCCAUGAGGAGCUCUGAGGGCCUGGCCUGUUGGGGGGGGGGGGGCAGUGGCAGGAGACUGGCCUGCCAAUAGCCCCCAGCACCCCUGCUCCCCGCCAGGAUAACUCUGGGAUCCCCUGGACAAGUGCCAGGGGAGACUUCCCCGGGCUUCCCACCAGCCCUGGGUUUCAAUGCACAGUGCAGACCUCGAAGCCAUUUGCUCUUCCCUCCCUGAAAAAGCUUGGGGCUGCAGAGUCCAUCUGGGACUGCCUAGGGCUAUUGCUGGCCCCACGCCCACACCUCCGGUCCUCAGCACUGGACUCUGAGCGGGGCUGAGGGCCUCACAAUUACUGUGUCCUUUAUCUCCCCUGCUCCCAGGCCCCGGCCCCCUCCCAUCCCAUUCCUGCCAUGGCAGCUCCCUGGGACAUGAAACCAGAGCUGAGUGACCCUACAGCCUCUCUGCUCUUCCUGGCUCCUCAGGCAGAGGCAGCUCCGGGGCAGCCAGUCAUACUGUCAGCUGUCCCCAUCACUCCUCACCUGCCUCCUCCCAGGCACCAGAAGUCAGGGCUGGGCUUUGGGUAGCUUUUCAUCCCUAAAAAUGGCUCCUUCCUUUUUAAGGAGCCUCAGAACAAGAAGGGAAGGAAGGCCAUGUGAAGAAACCUCAUAUGAGCUUCAGGGCUAUGGAGACCUUUGGGUUUGGUGCUAACGCGGGGCUGAGGUAUGAGGGAGGCAAUAGAACUGUGGGCUUUCAAAAGGCCGGGCUGGUGUCCAAUCCCUUUCUCCUUUGUGUCAAUAAAAGGUGGAACC